CUUGGACAAUUGCCAUUUUUCAUCCCUCCCCCGGGUUUAUUGAGGCGGUUGUUUGGUGAAUGGCUCCUUCCAGUUUUUUAUUUUGUUUAUAUUCCCUGUUAAGGUUCGGCAUAAGUUGGGUAUAUCACGUGCAUACUGACUACAAUUGAUUUCGGUUGGAGAGGGGAUGGAUUAGUGGUCAAAAAAGUGCUUUUUUUUUGUAAAUUGUUUGAGUGUAUAAGCCAUGAGUUAGUAUGUGGGGCUUAGCAGGGAGAUUUGGUCGCAUCGACCCGUGAAAUUUAUGUAUAUCAGAAGAUAGUCACGAUGCCUAAACAUGGAUACAUAAACAUUUGAUCCGGUGCAAGUGUUGUUCAGUGUAAAGAAAGUUCGGAAAAAAAAAGAAAAUGGAGACGAGAUCUCCACGGGUUACCGACAGAGUGUUGUUUUUUUAGUGUGACGUGAAAAUGCGUGGAAAGUCGAUAAACGUCGGAGACGGUCGGGAAAGAUGCCCUUUCCCCACUGCGGAUGCCACGUAAUUCAUAAAGUGGCCGCCGCACGUCGCUACGAUGAUCUUCCAUCACAACGAAUUAUUACUGUACGUGCCUCACCCCAACAUAUCAUGACACAUUCUAUAUAGUAAUAAGUUGAAUUAUGUAGUGAACGUCUCGCGUCGUAAAAAAAUGAGCGAUCGACACCUCGCAAACCAUCACCCGGACAAUAAUAUGACUCCCGCUCUGUCUCAUUCGACCAGUACCACCGCCUAUCAGGACGCGAACGUCGAUCACGUGAUCAACGAGUACAUGGAGAGAUUGGGCACCCGCCUCAACAUCCUGGAGACGGAGUUGAAGUACGCCUGGAGGGCCCUGGACCUCCUCAGUCAGGAGUACAUCAAGAUGUGGGAGAGGCUGGAGAAGCUGGAGGGCCUCCUCUUCGAGCAGCAGAGCGUCAUCUCGCAGUUGAUGCACUUUUAUACUUCCGGAGGAGAAGGAGGGCCUCGCAUUGGGCCCACCAUGUCCAUGCUAGAGGGUAGGCUCGGUGAGCUAGAAGUGAUCCGAGAAAUCUUGGGUAACGGAACGGUGGAGGACGGCCUAGAAGAAGGCCUGGACGUCAUCAGAUCCCACGACUCUCAAAUCCAGGAAGUCGAGGAGCUGCAUAUCCCGGACGAGGCGUUUUACCGUAGCCUCAAUCAGGCUUACGAGGAGGAACUGGUCAAUUGCGACCCGGUCCAGUGUCAGCCCAGUCAGCUGGACAUGAUUUGGGAGGAGCGUGAGGACUCCGAGGACAUCGAAAAGAAAAAACCACGAACCCAAGAACGAGAGGAGGAAGAGGAAGAGGAAAUCUACAGUGCCCUUGAUUACAAGGACUAUCGCGGUAACACCUCUUGCGUCAGCGAGCAAGACAUCGCCGAACUAACCCGCAUAGAAUCCAUCGAUCAUAUGGCCAUAGAGAAGCUCAAUGAGCUGGACCGUCUCAGCAACAAAUUGCAGCAAGACAGUGCCAACAUAAAACAGCUGCAGCGCAAACUGAUGGAGUCUCCUAUAGCAGGAGAAUCUCCAGCUGCAGCAGAAGUGAAUGAAAACUGGACCUUUUCCAGUGAGGUGCGUGAUCAAAACGAUCUCUUGAUGAUGGCGAAGAGUGAUCUUACUGCCUAUGCUACUCGCCCCAGUUCUCGUUUAAGUAUCAGUGAUCCAGACAAAGAGGUAGCGGAAACAUUGGGAAGAACUCCUCCGACCUCCCCUAGGCGUCGCCAAGACUCUACUUCUAGUGAACCAUUUUCUACUGUAGAUGGUAGACUGGCUUACAGUACUGCUGUGCAACAUGUAGAAUCGGCCGAAGCAGCUGCAGCAGUAAUGCGCAACACCAAAAACCCAUUUUACUGCAGCGAGAUGGACUUGCUGAUGGCCAGUUAUGACCCAUUUCAAAUUAUGACGGAGCGAGUUCCCUCGCCCAGUUUGUCCGUUUGUAGCCUAAGAACCCGUCAGGACGGUUAUCUCGAUCCGGAGAAACCGACUCCUAGCCCCCCACCCCCUGCCCCCAACGAGGGAUAUUUAUUAAAGGCUAAUAAUGUCUUCCUAGGACCUAACUCCCCAAGAACCCCCCGAACAUCCCCUAAGCGAAGCAAGUCCUCAAACAUCGUCACUGCCAAAAGUGACUCCGGAUUAUCCUCGAUGUCCGGAUGGUCCAGUCUUGAGAAGUCCCCUGAGAACCCUAGGACAAGCUUUAACUACAAACCGAAAGCUUACGCAGAGUCUUCGGUUGACUCAAAAAUUGGCAAUGAGGUCCUCCCAGGGGGCCAUCACUCUUCAGCAUUCACCAACGUAAAAUCACCUAAUAUAGUAAAAAUGGAUGAGUAUGGCACUUUUGUGCCGGCCCCAGCGCCUGCCUCGGACAUCAACGUCAGCCCCAAAGCCACCACAGAACCCUCACUUAGUCCUUACUAUUACCAAAACCAACCAGCCAUUUAUUCAGUAGCAGGCAGUAAUAAUAAAGACUCUUACACAUCAGUGUACACCAGCAACAGCGCCGACUACAUUAACCAAACCAUCCAUUAUCCAGACUUAAUAGAACCAUACGGAAGCAACGAUUAUCCAGAGGAGCGCAGAAGGUCCAAACCCCUUGCAACAGAAGAAGGCGUGGCAAAUCACGAAGGCUACAAAACUGCCAUGUACAGAACGAUGUUCCCUACUGGGAACAUCACUGAUGCCCUCAGCUACUAUCCGACAUCCAGUCGCUAUGAAACCUCUAUGGCCCAAGGAAACCAUCAAGAUCCAGCAACUUGGUACGAUAACGCUAGCACUUCAAGCUCAAUGAAGUCAACUGAGAACUCCCCUUACAGACGUGCAGAGCACCAACCAAUUUACGAGAACCAACAACAGAUCGAGCAGCACCAACGCAACUGGAGGGCAUCAGAACCAUCCAGACUGGACUUGGAUAUACGGAACAGAAACGUUCCGGAGUACGUGGUGCAGCCGCAGCAAAACGACUUCUUUGAUGGCAGUAUCGAGGUGAUCAUGACCCAGUCGGGAGAAUACAUCACUAUAAACAGCCACGUGGCACCCCCUCGGGAGGAAAAGAAGAAAUUGAAAAGAGGAAGUACCUUAAAGUCAGCCAUGAGCUCUGUGAGUAACUGGCUGCCCGAUCUACAUCUGAAGAGGCACAGGUCGUUUUCCUUACCAGGUGGAAUCAAGAGGGAGGACGUGGAGAAGACCCGGAAAAUACACCUGGGGCGCAAGAAGAAGCGAAACCCGAUCGUCUCAACUGUCUCAGGAAUCCUCCAGAAAGCAAAGAGAAAAGCCCACGGGUCCCACCAAUCCCUAUCAGAUCCUGAGCAGUCUGAAAAUGAGUGGGUGGUUAGACGAGCUGGUUCAGUGGUCUCCGAAGAUGACCGCAGCGAGGACAGCAUGUCAGAGAACCAGUUCGAAAAAGACCUUUUUCCAAAGAUCAGCCAACCAAAACUAAAGGGCAGCAAAUCGGACGAGGAUUCCAACCACAUCAUUGCACCGCCACUAAACACCAACACCUCCUCCCCCACAACAGAAGACCAACCAUACGAAGAAGACUUCUCCAAUAAAAGCACCGGUAGUGGCUCAAGCAACAUCUUCCCCACCAUAGGAGAAGCAAAGCGCAGCAGCGGUUCUUCAGAAAAAAGCGACGAAACAGUCAUCAUGGACAAACAGUUGGUGAUGCAAGUGGUUGGGGGCACAUCAGUAUCCUCCAUGGAGUUCGCCGUAUCCAGAGCUCUUGGCAAAUAUCGACAAAAGCGCUCCAACUCCUUCUCGGAUGACCAAACGAGCGAGAGCGGUGACAAUGGAGUAAAAAUUGAGGAAAUCUACUCUGACGAACCUAAGCAAGCACAAGAACCGACCCCCACCAUAACCGAACAGAAAUCAACUGAGAGCAUGGAAAGUCAUCGUGGGUUUGAUGACUCCACUGCAGAAGCCAGUCCGGUCCUAAGGAGCACCAGAUUUUUCCCUAGGCACCAGCAAAGCCUAGAAAUCCCGGGUCAUCGUGGAGAUGACGAGGAUAGCAGGAGCACCCAUUCUUGGAGAAGCACUUCCAGAGUAUCCUCAAGAAGACAAAGCACCGAGGAUAGCAUUGACAGUGAGGACGAGUGGUACUGCUACGAGCUAAGGAAGCUCGAGGAGAUGGAGCGGCAGAAGGAGCUGGAGCAAGACAUGGGGUCCACGUUGCACGAACUCCCUGAGCCGGAGGAAGAAACUUAUGAACCAGAGGAGGAGGUCAAAGAAAAAAUGUCGUUUGUGCUACGUGAGCUUCGCAUGAAAGCCAAAGUGGUCGAGGGGGUCCUGGACGAAAAGGAGAACAACUUAUUGACAGUGAACUCUGCAAAGAAGCGCGAGGAGAAGCGUGGCUCUUUCCACUUGGACGAGGCGGCAGCCCUCUUUGCCAAAAUUAAAAUCUACCAUCAUGAGUCAUUGGAGCGAGAACGGCAAGAAGAUGACUCCCUCAUCAUCGAGGAACUCCCCAAAGAGGAGGAGGUGGUGGAGGAGCAGGAGGAGCAGGAGGAUGGUCGGUCCUCAGGCGCUUCAGGUGCCACCUCCGGCCCGGACAGUCCUCACCACAGCACUGACGAGUACGACGAGUUAGAAAUGAGGAUAAACGAUGAGUUCGCACGCUGUCAUCUGUCCAAGGAGGAGCAGCAGGACCGGUUGAACCGCGAAGCAACUACUCAAAGGAGAUCUUCUUCCGAUCAGCAGCAGCAUAUCCCGGAAAUCCAGGUGGGUGGUGGGUCGAUGCCCGAGCAGGAGGCUGCUAAAGACGUCGCGGGUAGUAAGUGGAAAUUGUUGAAGACUUUGAAGGAACGUAAGGCGGAGGAGAAGAGCAUUCAAGAGAAGGAACCAGGACCGCCCACCAAGGAGGAAAAAAAUGGUUCUAUCGGCGGAGAUUCUACUGGCAGGGUUAAUGGGGGUCCAGGAGACAACACGUUCUACAGUAACAUCGACAUUAAGCCGGACAUCCGGCCGAUCAGAAGAGGAAAAAAUAAUACACUGGUUUCCGAUUUGACCAUGGCUGCUACCAAGAGAAAUGCCGGACUGACGUCGGCUGUACCCAGGGCCACUUUGAACGACGAAGAAUUGAAAAUGCACGUUUAUAAAAAGACCCUCCAGGCCCUGAUUUAUCCGAUAAGUUGCACGACUCCUCACAACUUCGUCCCCUGGACCGCCACCUCGCCCACUUACUGUUACGAGUGUGAGGGUCUUCUAUGGGGAAUAGCGAGGCAGGGGGUGAGGUGCACCGAGUGCGGAGUGAAAUGCCACGAGAAGUGUAAGGAUUUACUGAACGCCGACUGUUUACAAAGAGCGGCAGAGAAGAGUUCGAAACACGGUGCUGAAGAUAAGGCGAACAGCAUCAUUACCGCAAUGAAGGAACGCAUGAAGCAGAGGGAGAGAGAAAAACCCGAAAUUUUCGAGCUUAUCAGGGACGUUUUCGGGAUCGAGGAAAAGAGCCACUCGGGACACAUGAAGGCGGUUAAACAGUCGGUACUGGACGGUACGUCGAAAUGGUCGGCGAAAAUCGCCAUCACAGUAAAAUCCGCUCAAGGUUUGAUAGCCAAAGACAAGAGCGGCACCUCGGAUCCCUACGUGACCGUGCAGGUGGGAAAAGUGAAGAAACGCACCAGAACGAUGCCCCAGGAACUGAAUCCGGUGUGGGACGAAAAGUUCUUUUUCGAGUGCCAUAAUAGCUCGGACCGCAUUAAGGUGCGUGUGUGGGACGAGGACAACGACCUGAAGAGCAAACUGAGACAGAAACUGACGAGGGAAUCGGACGAUUUUCUCGGACAAACCAUCAUAGAGGUGAGAACCCUGUCCGGAGAAAUGGAGGUGUGGUACAACCUGGAAAAACGAACGGACAAAUCGGCCGUGUCCGGUGCAAUACGACUUCACAUAUCCGUGGAGAUCAAGGGGGAGGAGAAGGUGGCACCGUACCACGUGCAGUACACGUGUCUCCACGAGAACCUCUUCCAUUAUUUGUGCGAGGAGAACAGCGGCGUCGUGACGCUGCCGCAGGCCAAAGGCGACGACGCCUGGAAAAUUUACUUCGACGAGGCGCCGGAGGAGAUCGUCGACGAGUUCGCCAUGAGAUACGGGAUCGAGUUUAUUUAUCAAGCGAUGACUCAUUUUCACUGCCUGUCGACGAAGUACCUAUGUCCAGGAGUACCGGCGGUAAUGAGCACCUUGUUGGCGAACAUCAACGCGUACUACGCCCACACGACCGCCUCCACCGCCGUCUCGGCCAGCGACCGUUUCGCCGCCUCCAAUUUCGGCAAAGAGAAGUUUGUCAAACUGCUGGACCAGUUGCACAACUCGUUACGGAUCGACCUGUCGAUGUACCGGAACAAUUUUCCCGCCUCCAGUCCGGACAAACUGUUGGACUUGAAGUCGACAGUGGAUUUGUUGACCAGCAUCACGUUCUUCCGCAUGAAGGUGCAGGAACUUUCCAGUCCGCCCAGGGCCAGUACCGUGGUGAAGGAUUGCGUGAAGGCUUGUUUAAGGUCGACCUAUCAAUUCCUGUUCGAAAACACGUACGAACUGUACAGCAGGGAAUUCCAAACGGACCCGAGCGAACCGAAACGCGACCCGGACGACCACGGCCCACGUCUGGACAGCGUCGAUUUCUGGCAUAAACUGAUCGCCCUCAUCGUUUCCGUCAUCGAGGAGGACAAAAACAGCUACGGCCCGGUACUCAAUCAGUUCCCGCAAGAGCUCAACAUCGGACAACUUUCUGCCGCUACUAUGUGGUCUCUCUUUGCCGUCGACAUGAAAUACGCUUUGGAGGAGCACGAGGCGCACCGCUUAUGCAAAUCGUCCGCUUAUAUGAAUUUACAUUUUAAAGUGAAGUGGUUGUACACGAGUUACGUGAAGGACGUGCCUCCUUAUAAGGGCGCGGUACCAGAGUACCCCGCCUGGUUCGAACCGUUCGUUAUGCAAUGGCUGAACGAGAACGACGACGUGUCCUUGGAGUAUUUGAAUGGGGCCUUUACAAGGGAUAAAAAGGACGGGUUCCAAAAAAGCAGCGAACACGCCUUAUUCUCCAACUCGGUGGUGGACGUGUUCACGCAACUGACCCAGUGUUUCGACGUCGUAUCCAAACUGGAAUGCCCCGAUCCAGAAAUCUGGAAGCGAUACAUGAAACGCUUCGCGAAAACCAUCGUGAAAGUGCUGCUCGCUUAUGCUGACAUAGUUAAGAGGGAGUUUCCUGAACACCUUAAGGAGGAACGAAUCGCCUGUAUCCUAAUGAACAACAUCCAACAGUUGAGGGUCCAAUUAGAGAAAAUGUUCGAAUCGAUGGGUGGCGAGAAACUGGAGGAGGAUGCGGCGAACAUUUUAAAAGAAUUACAGCAGACGCUCAAUGGGUGUUUGGAUGAACUGGCUCACCAGUUUGCCGCGAGCUUGGAACCGAGAAUAACGCAGAGUGUGAAGGAAUUAGGGGAUCUCCUAUUGGCGAUAAAAGGAGGCGGGCAACCGGGCACGUUAAAUCAACCGGCACAACGUCAACAGGUGGCCGUGGAGGCGGACGAGGUGCUCAGGCCCCUCAUGGACCUGCUGGACGGGUCUCUCACCCUCUACGCCCAGUCCUGCGAGAAAACCGUACUUAAAAGACUGCUCAAGGAACUAUGGAGGAUAGUGAUGAGGAUAUUAGAGAAGACUGUAGUGUUACCUCCGAUGACUGAUAAAACGAUGGUGUUCAAGAGCAUUACCGAUAACGCGAAGAACUUGGCGGCCAAUACGAAAAUAGAGGACAUGUCCAGACUGUUCAAGAACCACAUGACCGGCAAACAGGACGUAAAAAACGCCCUCAGCGGCGUAAUGGACAUCAGCAAAGAAGUCGAGAAGAAUUUAUCGCCGAAACAAUGCGCUGUUUUAGAUGUGGCCUUAGACACUAUUAAGCAAUAUUUUCAUGCAGGUGGAAAUGGAUUAAAGAAAGCGUUCCUCGAUAAGAGUUCGGAACUGCAAAGUUUACGGUACGCCUUGUCGUUGUACACCCAAACGACCGAUACUUUGAUAAAAACGUUUGUGACUACGCAAAUUAAUGAAGAUUCCGUGGACGGACAAGAGGGCAGCGUGGGCGAAGUAUCCAUCCAGGUGGACCUGUUUACCCAUCCAGGCACCGGAGAGCACAAAGUAACCGUAAAAGUCGUUGCCGCCAACGAUUUGAAAUGGAACCUGGUGUCCGGAAUGUUCCGGCCGUUCGUCGAGGUGAACCUGAUCGGGCCCCAUCUGUCGGACAAAAAGAGGAAACACGCGACGAAAUCCAAAUCGAACAACUGGUCGCCGAAGUACAAUGAAACCUUUAAUUUCAUCAUCGGUAACGAGGAACAGCUGGAUUUCUAUGAACUACAUAUCUGUGUUAAAGACUAUUGUUUUGCUAGAGAGGAUAGACUUGUGGGUGUUGCCGUUAUGCAGCUCAAGGACAUCGUCGAUAAGGGUUCGUGUGCGUGUUGGCUCUCGUUAGGCAAACGGAUCCAAAUGGACGAAACGGGUUGGACGAUCCUCAGGAUAUUGUCGCAACGCACAAACGACGAAGUCGCCAAGGAGUUCGUCAAACUGAAAUCGGAUAUCCGGCAAGAGGACGCGGUGAUCAACCAACAGCAGCAGCAACAGCAACAACAAUAAUAAUAAUAAUAAUAAUAAUAACAAUAAUUAUAACGAGACUAUUUUUCGAAUAUUUCUGUGUGUCGUCUACUAUAAGUGAGUGUUUGGACUUAAAAUAAUAAGUAAUUAAGUAAAACGAUUGCCUUCUCUCUUCUCAUCGCUUCUUCCCUUACUCACGGGUGGCCUUUUGUAUAAGAUUUAACACAAAAACGGAGAUUUAAGAAAAAUCUCUUUUUUUGUUUAUUAUUACAGCUGUUUGCAGCGUGUAUGUUAAAACUUAAUUAUUGUUAAAAAAAUUGAUGGACCGUCCGCCAUUUUUUGAAUGCGAUUCGUUUAUUACAUGUUGUGCCUCCCAUGAUUCAACUCAGUUUUUAUUAGCACAAGUUGGAAGAAAAUCCAUAACAAAAAUUUCUUGUGAAAAACUUUUUUUUACGGGUAUUAAAAACUGCCCUUCAAUUAUCACAAUUUACGCAUUCAAAUUGACACACUUUUACUUUUUUCCAUGUACAAGCAAUUUGCUCUAUAUUGUUUUUUGUGUUUAACAGAUUGAACUUUUUCCUUUUAAAUUAAAAACCUGAAAAAAUUAUUUUGUUACUCUUUUCGGUUAUUUUUGAGCAAAUUUCCUGUCAUAUUACAAUGUUUUAAUUCAAUCACUGCCUAGACAAAUGUAGUUCUUGUGUCUUCCAGACUAUUGAAGCCAGAAAUGCGUUUUUUUUAUACUAUAAGACACUAAACGGUUUUUUGAUAUUAAAAAAAUUCAGUGUCGUUUCAUCUCUUUUUAGUGCAAUUGUCGCUAUUCCUCUCUUGAAUGGUCAAAAAGUUAUUUUGUAAUUCUUCUGCAUAAUAUUAAUUUAAUUAUUAAACACUAAUAAAAACGUCCUAUUUUCUCAUGUAUUUUUGAACUUGUGCUAAGAAAAAUUGAGUUCGUAAAAUUAAAACUUUUAAGAGAGUAAAAUGCAAUAAAAAUACCGCCAUCGUGUCAUUUUAGGGUAAUCAAUUUUUUUUUGUACACAAACACAUUUCUGACGAUUAAAUUGUGGAUUAAAUUGUAAAACAACCACUGUCAGAAUUUCCCCUAAAUAUUAUUAACAUAAGCUUCUUGCCUGAACAUCUUUUUUGCACUCGUGUAUCAUCAUAAAUAUAUAAUGUUGUUAUUUUGUAAAAAAAAAAAAGAAACAUAUGUCCCACAUGGGGAACUGUAUAUUCAUUUGUUAAAAUAUAAUUAUUGUUUUUAUUAUCACGAUAUUUAUACUUAUAUAUAUAGGCAUAUUUAUUCAUUUGUAUAACCUCCCAAUAACUUUGUUAGUGUUUUCAAAAAAGAAAUCGAACACUUUUUAAGGAAGUUACAUAAUUUCUUAAACGGUGUAUAGUGGGUUUUUUGAGGAUGAAUUUCAUGUAUAAAAUCUGAUUUUAGGUCCAAAAUUCAGUAAGCUAGAGGAGUUUUGGUUAAGCCUUUUCCGGAAGCAGCUUUUUUCACAAAAACUACACUUUCACUCCAGAUAACUGAAAAACUAUUUCAGGCAUUCCAAUGGGGUUUUCAUUCAAAGUUGAAGUGUUUCUUGACGAAUAAUUUCAUGUAUAAGGAAUUUUUAUAUCUCAAGAAUGUUCUGAGUUUUAGUCACAUUUGUGUAGGAUGGACCCUAGUGAGGGUAAACUGAAAAACUCUAAGUAAAAUAUUUAAACAACUUUGGAUGGAGACAUGGCAUUUAUUUGAGAAAAACUUAAAAAGUUUUUGAGGUAUUUUUAUAAUUUUUCCAAAAGGUUCUCGAGGAUAGAUUUCAUUUCAUGUCAAAAAUAGGCUAAACAAGAACACUUUGGGUUAAUAUAAAUAAGAUUAAUUCUACAAGCAGUUGAGCCUAUUUUUAUCUCUUUCUAACUUUUUUUCAACUGCCUGGAAUAGUUGUCUAAGCAAUUUUAAGCCUAUUUUUGUCUUUUUCUAAGUAAUUUGAACUGCUUGGAAAAGUGGCCAUUUUUCCAUCUCAAAACAUUCUAGUUUUUUUUCAUUUAAAAACAAUUUAGUGUUUCUGAAAAAUUCUUUGAGGAAUUUACAUAAUUUCUUUGAGAGGGUAUAGUGGGAUUCUUGAGGAUAAAUUUAAUGUAUAAAAUAUACUUCUAGGUUCAAAAUUGAGUAAGCUAGAGGAGUUUUGGUUAAGCCUUCUCUGGUAGCAACUUUUUGCACAAAAAAUCAACUUCCAUGCAGGGUAAUUUUAAAACUGUUCCAGGCAUUCCAACGAGGUUUGCACUUAAAGCUGAAGCGUUUCUUAACGAAUAAUUUCAUAUAUGAAGAACUUUUGUAAUUCAACAAAUUCCCGAGUUAUAGUAACGUUUGUGUAAGAUAGACCCUCGUAAGGCUAAAAUGAGAAUUUUAAAAAUAAUUGUAUGGAUGAGUGAAACUCGAAAACCUAUUGAGGAUUUUUUAUAAUUUUUCAGGACAGAAUAAAAGGAUACAUGAGGAUGAAUUUUAUAUAUAAAUGAUUCUUUUAGGCCGAAAAUUGACUAAGCAAGGCCACUUUUGAUUAAGCUAUUUCUGGAAACAACUUUUUUUAUUAAAAUUCUAUAAACCCGAAAAAUGUUUUUCGGAUUUUUUAUAGUUUUUCCAGGGAUCUUUAAGGAUGAAUUUCAUGCACAAAAUAUGCCUCUAGGUCCAAAAUUGAGUAACAUAGAGCCCUUUUGGAUAAGCCCUCGCUUAUUACACAAAAAUUCAACUUGCAUCCCAAAUCAUAGGACUAUUUCAAUGGUAUUUUCACUCAAAGCCAAAGCGUUUCUUAAAAAAUAAUUUUAUACAUAAACAAUUCUCAAAGUUUAAGAAUUUCCCGAGUCAUAGUGAAAUGAAUAUUUAAAACACUAACAAAGUAACUAGGGGUAUCUGCCGUACUACGUAUAGCUAAAAAUAUUUGUUUUCUCUCUGUGAUAAACUGUAAGAAAUCGAUGUACGUGUGUCUCAUUUAAAUCUAUAAGCUACUGUACCACGCAAUUUAUGGUUAAUUAAUUCACACAAACCCUCUCUGUAUCAUCUUAUUACAAGUACUUGUGUAAAAUCGACAAUAUUUUUUCAGUAUUUUCAGUAUGGAGAAACGGGAAACUCCUCGUGACGAAAAUCGCAAGUUUUCGCCCUCCAGUUUUGAAUAGUUACAAGUUUCCUUAAUUCUCCCACCACCUUAGAUAGCAAACGGUUUUCUUUCGGUGAUUUUGUGGUUAGAUGUAAAAACAAAUGUCAUUUAGAUAGAAUUUCAAUGUACUAUACGAACUGAUUAGCUAAUUUCUUUGAAUGUUGUCAUGUGUAAUUCAGUAUUUUUUUGCAUAAAAGCGCCAGGGCAAACGUGUGCCUGGAAGGUUUAAUUAUUUCCUGGAUCUAUGGAAAAAACAAAUUGUAAUUUCCCCUUGGUGCUUUUUGGCAUGAAAAAUCAGCAAAUUUCUCUAACAUAUUGUCAUUAUUAUCAUAUCAGACAUAAAGGUGCUUCAACAACGCUUUUUCUGUCAUUUGUAUGAAUUCAAUGGUAAAUACACAAAAAACUAAGGAAUAGUACUGCAUUGGGACCAUUUGAUUUCGGAAAAACCCUUCUACCACCCUUAGUUUUAUGAUUAAUUUUUUAAAAGUGUAUUUAUCAAUAUUAUGGUAAAACUCAGUUGCUUGAUGACCAUAUCGACCAAAGAUCUUUGUUAUAUAAUGUCACUUAGCGUAAUGUAUUUUUUUUUGUAAAAAUGAAUAGAAAACUUCCUAUAAAACUUUGUUACUAUGGUGUAUCGACUAAAACCUGUAAAUAUAUUAAGGAUUGCUGUAUAAAUUAACAUUUUUAAAUUAUGAUAUAAAAUGGACCAUAGUUAAUAUAUAAAAAAAAAAUUGUAAAGUGCUGCCCGAAAUAUGCGGCCAAGAGGGAGAGAGAAACACAUUUAGCCCAAUCUGCAUAUUUUCUUCUCAUAUUUUCGGCAGAACUUAAGUUUGACUUUAGCCUACGAAAAUGCGUCAUUUUGUUGGGCUACAAGCCGACGAAUUGUUACUCGAUUACUCACCGUAACUCUUUUUUUCGUUUUGUCAGAAAAUAUAUUGCAUAUGGAAAAGCCUCUAAAUAAAUGGUUUUUUGUUAACUAUACUGGA